UCCCAGGCUGGGGAGAUGCUCCGGUGCCUGCCUUUGGAGGCCGAGGAAGGGGCAGACUCAGAAGAGCAGGAGGACAGCUCCCCAGAAGAGUCGAAAGAAAUCGUCACCCUGGUUUUCAUGAGCGAGAACGCUGGGGUACCAGAGAGGCUUCAGAAUGCCCCGCAGCAAGGCAAGAAGAAGAGGAAGAAAAAAAGAUGAUUGGUGAUCAAUCUCUCCACCUGCCGAUACGAGAGCGUGCGUAGGGCUGCCCAGCAGUAUGGCCUUCGAGAGGGAGGGGAAACCAAUGACUGGACUCUCUACUGGACAGACUACUCAGUGUCGCUGGAGAGGGUGAUGGAAAUGAAAAGUUACCAGAAAAUAAAUCACUUCCCUGGGAUGAGUGAAAUCUGCCGAAAGGACUUGCUGGCCAGAAAUAUGAGCCGCAUGUUAAAGAUGUUCCCUAAGGAUUUCCUCUUCUUCCCUAGGACCUGGUGUCUUCCUGCUGACUGGGGAGAUUUGCAGAACUACAGCAGGUCAAGAAAAAAUAAGACGUACAUUUGUAAGCCGGAUUCGGGCUGCCAAGGGAGAGGUAUAUUCAUCACCCGGACGGUGAAAGAUAUCAAGCCAGGCGAGGAUAUGAUCUGUCAACUCUAUAUUUCAAAGCCCUUUAUCAUUGAUGGGUUCAAGUUUGACCUGCGGAUUUACGUGCUGAUGACGUCCUGUGACCCCCUCCGGAUUUUUGCGUACAACGAAGGGCUAGCGCGCUUCGCCACCACUUCCUACUCCCACCCCUGCGCAGACAACCUGGAUGACAUCUGCAUGCACCUGACUAACUAUUCCAUCAAUAAGCACAGCUCCAAUUUUGUUCGAGAUGCUCAGGCCGGGAGCAAGAGGAAGCUCUCCACCUUCAGUGUGUACAUGGAGAGCCACGGCUACAACACGGAGCAGGUCUGGAGAGAUAUCGAGGACGUCAUCAUCAAGACGAUCAUCUCCGCCCACCCCAUCAUCAAGCAUAACUACCACACCUGCUUCCCCAACCACACACUCAACAGCGCCUGCUUUGAAAUCCUGGGCUUUGACAUUUUGCUGGACCACAAACUCAAGCCCUGGCUGCUGGAGGUCAACCAUUCUCCGAGCUUCUCCACCGACUCCUGGCUGGAUAAAGAGGUGAAAGACAGUCUGCUAUAUGACACUUUGGUCCUGAUCAACCUGGGAAGCUGUGACAAAAAGAAAGUCUUGGAGGAGGAGAGACAACGGGGGCAGUUCCUGCAAAAAUGUCGUUCUCGGCAGACCAGGAUCGAGGAGGUCAAGGGUUUCCAGGCUGUGUGGUUAGAGAAAACUGAGAAGUACGAGAAGGAAAACUGUGGAGGGUUCCGCCUGAUUUAUCCUACUCUGAAUGCGGAGAAGUAUGAGAAGUUUUUCCAGGGAAACAACUCUCUCUUCCAGAAUACUGUUGCCUCCAGGGCUCGGGAGGUGUAUGCCCGGCAGCUGAUCCAGGAGCUGAGACUCAAACAGGAGAAAAAAUCCUUCCAAACGAAAGAGAAGAAGGCAGAGACGCAGGGGGAGUCGGCCGGCGAGCGAGCGAGGGGCAAGAGCGCGAGGAGCUGGCCACAGAAACCACAGCAGGAACACAAGGCCACGGCCCCCGUCUCCAGACAAAAUCUCCAGCCAUUGACGUUAGUGUCCUGCACACCUGAGUUGCUCUUGAGUGUCAGAGAUGCAAAGACAAAUGAGACAGACAGCAGCCUCGCCCCGGAGGCCCCCACAAAAGAGGCCGGCCCUGCACGGCGGCACACCUCUGCACCUGACCUGAGGCACUCGAGCCUUCUCGGCUGCCCGGGGCUGGAGCUCGGUAACCCCCUCUCCAGAAUCAAGGAGGUCAAGUCCGCCUCCGCAGUGAACAUAUUCACCAGCACUGAGCCCUUAACCUCAGUGGAAACCUCCCCAGAUUCCACCACCCAGGACUCAGACUCCCCAGAGUCUCUGCCUAGCAUGACCGCGAAAACCAGCUCUGAGUGCAGUAGCCCCAAGACGGUCUCCUUGAAAUACAGGCAGCACCACAUCUCCCAGCACCUCCUCCAGGGGAAAAUCUCGAAAAUUUCUCUGCCGACAAAUUCCCAGAGCUUCUUAGGAAAUCUGAACCAGAGCUGGGCUUCGCCGAAGAGUGACGCGAGGAAGCAGAGUCUGAUGUCUGAGCUAUUCACCAAGGUUCCCCUGAGGGAGAAGCUCUCCCUGUUCCCAGCUCACGACAACCCAAAGCUGGUGCUGAGUAACAAGUCACAAAACCACUCCCUGCCCUGGGAGUGCUGCUGGGGCGGCCAAAGCUCUGGCAGGAAGAGGCGGCUGCACGUGUCCUCCCUUGUCCUCCUGCACCAUCGUCCGAGCUACAAUGUUUCUCUGAAGGAUCUGCUGGUGGUCGCCACCCCAGCCCGACUGGAUCCGAGGCCUGGCCGAAGCCACGGGGGAAGCGUACAGUCACUGCCCGAUCGCUGGCCCAAGAGGAUGUGA